CCUCAGGAGGACCCGCUCUGGCCUGAUCUCACAGUGCAAGAACAUCUGGAGACCUACGCUGCUGUGAGAGGGAUGAGGAAAGAAGAUGCAGCUGUUAACAUCAGUUGCAUAGCAGAGGCCCUGGAGCUCCAGAAGCAUUUAAAAACAGCAGUUAGGAGGUUGUCUGCAGGAGAAGCUAGAAAGCUGUGUUUUGCGCUGAGCAUUCUGGGUGACCCAACAGUCAUGCUUUGGGACGAGCCGUCAGCGGGCAUGGAUCUGAAAGGGCAAUGCCGUAUGUGGAAAGCAAUUCAGACCGCACUGAAAAGCAAGGAGAGGGGAGCCAUUCUCAGCACAGACGACCUGGACAAGGCCGCGGCGAUGUGCGACCGGGUGGCCGUCCUGGUGUCAGGGCAGCUACGCUACAUCGGUUCAAUUGAGGAUCUGAAAAGUAAGUUUGGCAGAAGUUACUACCUGGAAGUCAAAAUGAAGGAUGCGGGGCAAAGCGAUGUUGUCCAUGCCGAAAUUCUACGGCUCUUCCCUGAGGCAGCUCGGCAGGAAAGUUCUUCUUCUUUGCUGAUCUACAAGAUACCAGUGGAAGAUGCACUACCUCUGUCCCAGGCUUUCUCCAAGCUAGAAGCAGCUAAGCAAAAUAGCAGGCUUGAGGAGUACAGCUUGUCUUUGCGCACCUUGCAACAGAUGUUUGUAGAGCUCACCAAGGACCCUGAAGAACAUGACCAGGAUGCAGCGUCCAGUGAAGCUCAGGAUUGGAGACCGCUUCAUCCCAGAGUCCUUUAAGCCAGAAAGGAAAUCUUUCAAUGUGUUUUAUCAAUAUUAUUAAUAUGUGUGAUUUAAUACAGACCUGGGACCUGGUUGUCAGUGUCACAACACAUGCAGCUCUGCAAGUUUUCUGUUGCACCAAAAAAUAUGUAUAUGUUUUAAUAAAUAAAGCCUUGAUUCUCUGCCAAAUUGA